AUCCAUGGAUCCAAAGGAAACACCUGAUGCCCACCACUCCCCUGCUGACUCUGCUCCAAGGGGUGAGACCAGAGCUCCCCAGGGCAUGGAGCUUAUCCCCAGGAGAGCUGUGAGUCGCUCUCCGACAUGUGCCCGCUGCCGAAACCAUGGUGUCACUGCCCACCUCAAGGGCCACAAGCGACUCUGCCUCUUUCAGACUUGCGAGUGUCACAAAUGUGUCCUCAUUCUGGAGCGCCGGAGAGUCAUGGCUGCUCAGGUGGCAUUGCGUAGGCAGCAGGAGGCGCAGCUAAAGAGGCACCUGGCUCAGGGACUAGUGAGAGGGGCAGCUCCUUUUAAAGCACUGAGCCGAGUCAAGAAAGGAGCUGCUGGACCAGUAGUCCCCCCUGGAAAGGAGAACAUAGCCCCUCAGCCUCAGGGUUCCCAUGGGGCAGUCCCACUGGCACUGACACCCCCUGGGAAGGAGAACUGUGGGCCCCUGCUACUCAGCUGUCCCCCAGAAACCUUGCCUUUGCCCUGGACUCCAGUGCCUCCAGGCCCUUGGGGCCCUGGACACUGGCUGCCCCCAGGCCUUUCCAUGCCACCCCCAGUGGUGUGUCGUUUGCUGUGUCAGGAACCUGCUGUCCCUCUGCAUCCCUUCGCUGGCUUUGACCCUGGCACUUCCCUCCGCCUGCCUGCACACGGGCCCCUCCCGCCUUGCCCAGGAUCUCGAUCGGUACUGACCACUCCUCUUUCUGGAGAGCCUCAAGGACCCCCUAACCUGCCCCACACAUGCUCCACACUGAUACUCCAGUCAUGUGGUACCCCGGACACUCUCCUGCUGCAGCCACAGGCCCCUGGAGCCUCUCGCCUGGCCUGGACAUCUGCUUCCUCAGAGCGGCAGCUUCAGCGAGAGGCAGCUGAGGCCCUUGUGGGUCUGAAAGAUUCAUCCCAGGCUUCCCGCCUGACCCCUUCUGUCCCCCCCAAUCCUGCCUGGAUCUCCCUCCUCCACCCCUGUGGCCCACCAGCUCCCGCUGGAGGAAGAGGAUUCCAGCCUGUUGGCCCCUCUCUCCGACCCACCCCAGCUCCCUCCGUCUCUCUGCAUAUUGGGCGUCUGGGGUCCAUCUCCCUCCUGAGCUAG